CGCAUGAUAUAAUCGCGAUACGUAUAUUACUUCCAGAAUUAGUCUAAAUGAAACAACCUGUAGUCCUCAAAAAUAAUUCUGAGAAUUUCCAUUUUUCGACAAAGUUAAAUUAAUUAUUCUUUUUAUCAAAUAUUACUAAUUUUUUUAAAUAAAUAUAAUAACUAGUUGAAAGGAGCCAACUUUGUCGUUAACUAAAAACCGAGCUGUUUUCGAAAAUAUACGCAUAUUGGCUCGAUGUAUAAUAAAUAAAGAAAAUACGAUACGAACUAUACACGAUGUAAAAAUCGGUUAUAAUAAAUAAUAAUUAUAGAGAACUAAUUUGAUGUAAAAAUUACGUCACAUCGUGAUGUACAAGAACGAGUGAAUGUGUCGAAGAUGUGACACGAUUAAGAAGACGGUGUUCAUCGAAAUUACAGUUGGUCGUUGAUUUAACAAGUUUUGUUCGGAGUGAUACAAAUUAAAAAAAAAAAAGAAAAGAAAAGAAAAUGACAACCGUAAACAAGCCUUCAAAAGAACCGACACAAUCUACUGUGUGCGCACAGAUGGAAAGCUCCAUGACAGAUGGAAAUUCAAGAUGCGAAUCGCCGAAACGUGGUACAACACUUUCAACUAGUACCAGUAGUUUCGAAGCUCUUGAUCCUCAUGAUCCAAACCUAAGUCGUUUAGCUAAUACGAUGUUUCAAAAAACUGGCGAAUAUUUGCAAGAAGAACUCACCGCUACUCACGCUGAUUAUCGAUUACUAGAACGACUAAAUAAAGAGACUAUCGCAAAGUACACAGAAUUGAAAACAAUAUCGUCGAAUGUUUCAAUAUCAUUGGAUUCUUUAAACGAAAAAUAUAAAAAUUUGCGACCUAUAUUGGAAAAUAUUGAUCAAAUUGACGAUAGUGUUAAUAAAUUGGAGCAAGCAGCUUAUAAGCUAGAAGCAUAUUCUAAACGAUUAGAGGCAAAGUUUAAAGAUCUCGAGAAGGAUUUAAAAAAGAAUGAAAAUCUUCAUGUUCUUAAACAAUGUAUAGAUAAUGUGACAAAAGGUAAUGUUAUGACUGGAAACAAGCCUACUUUAUAAUCAAAUCUUUUUCUAAUACUGAUAGAUCGCAUAAUAUUACAUAUUUAAAAUUUGUCAAUAAGAAACAUUAUUUAAAAAUAUUAAUAUAACAUUGAAUGCGGAUGGAUAGUAAUUGUUAAUUUUAAGAUUUCUUAUUUUUAAUUGAAAUUGAGGAAAUAUAUUUGUGCUUGCAUUUACUUUAAGAAAAUAACAAUAAAUUAAGUUAAUGAGUAAUUACAAAGAAAUAACUUAUAAAAUUAAAGUAUGUAGUUUAAUGGUAUUACAAUGAUCAUUGGUGUUCACGUUUCUAUGUAAAUAAAAGAUGUUGAAAUUUCACAAAAAAUGGAAA